UACAGCCCUCCGUAGCGCCGGCCGGCCGGCCUGACUGGCUGCUCGGGCUCUGACAUCACAUGGUGGCCAGCUGUUGAUUUGGCGCUGUCUCCAAGGCUGGCCGGCUUGAUGGGUUGUGGCAGGUAGACUUGUGCUUGCGCAGCGUCGUCCCCUCCCUCUUUGCGAUAACCGUCAUCCCCUCCCCUCUCGCUCUCCUUUUUAGACCCCCCUCUUCCCACCUCGCACUCUCACUCUUCCGAGCGCGUGUGCAGGAGGCAGCAGCCAGAGGAGCGAGCUGGGAGGCGACUCCAGCCUCCUCUUCAGCAAAUAGUGCCUCCUGUCCACCAUGGAAACUAAAGAGCCGAGUAGCAGAAGGGAUGGAGGGUAGAGCUGCCGGGCAGGUCAGCGAGGGUCAUGUGGGUGUCGGAGGCCCCGGUUGCCGUGCAGAGCAGCUGAAGCGGACAUGGAAAAUAAGUCUCCGGCGGCAUCGGUAGGCUUGGCCCUGUCAACUUCACCAGCCACCUCCUCCUUUGCCACUACCUUCUCAACUGGCUACGCACCAAGUGCUCUGUCUUCGCCAACAUCUUCCUCAAAAAUUUGCAAUGAGAAUGUCUGAUAAAGCUGACACUGAAACAAUGAAGGUUUCCGAGGCUGACGACACCGCGUCAAAUCGAAAGGACAACGCCAUUCAGUCCGAGGUGUCUGAGAAGGGCGACAAAGACGAUCCUGGCAGCAUCAAUACAAAGGAACCCAAGCCAGUGAAGACAUGUAAGUCUAACACCAGGCUAAGGCUUGUUCGCAGCCUGGCAAUAUGUGAGGAGUCCUUCCCUUGUCCAAUUCUUGAGCCGUCAGCCGCACCUCAGGAUGAAUUCCUUCUUGGAGUGUUGGAAAAGGAAGAUGGAGCUACACAGGAACAGGCUGAGAAAGAAGUGUGCUGCGACAAGGCAAACAAAGCUGACAAAAACCAGAGAAAAGUGUUGUCCAGAGAUUCCAGUCAGGACUACACCGACUCCACUGGCAUAGAUCUCCAUGAGUUUUUAGUCAACACAUUAAAAAGCAACCCCAGGGACCGAAUUAUGCUGCUCAAGCUUGAACAAGACAUCUUGGACUUCAUUGGCAACAACGAAAGCCAGAAAAGAAUAUUCCCGCCUAUGACGUCCUAUCACAGGAUGCUGUUGCACCGCGUGGCCGCCUACUUCGGGAUGGACCACAACGUGGACCUGACCGGAAAGUCUGUUGUCAUCAACAAAACCACCAGCACAAGAAUACCCGAUCAGAAAUUCUCCGAGCACAUCAAGGAUGACAGGGCGGACGAUUUCCAGAAACGCUACAUUCUCAAACGAGACAACUCCAGCUUUGAUCGCGACGACAGCACGAUUCGGAUGCGUUUGAAAGCAGACAAGAAAAGCAAAUCGAUGGAGGAGAGGGAGGAGGAGUACCAACGAGCCAGAGAAAGGAUAUUUGCACAUGAUGGUGAUGAUCACUUCAUCCUGGAUAGAAUCUCUCAGGAUGAAGACGCAUGUAUGCGCACCCAGCACAGGCGGCAAAUGUUCAGGUCACGGGCCGGCCGCUCGGCUGCCAGCUGGCAAAGCAGCUCCGAGACGGACACGCUGCCGCGACAGAGCGAGCCCCGACCGUGGAGCAGCACUGACAGCUCGGACAGCUCCAACCGCCUGGCCCCGCGACCUGCCAUCACCAAGGCCAGCAGCUUCAGCGGCAUAUCCCGCAUUCUGGCGCGAGGGGACAGCAGCGCCAGCAGCAAGAGCACUGGGAGGCUUUCCAAAACAGGAUCAGAAUCUUGCAGUAGCGUCGGUUCUUCGUGCAGUUCGCUGUCUCGUCCCCACCGGCCUUUCACGGUGCCAGCCUCUUUGCGGCCCAAAAUGCCCUUAGUCCACCAGACUGCGGAUACUAAAGGCUCGGCACACAACCCUAACAUGAUCAGGAGCGCCCCGCCCUCUGCUGACGCCACAAAUUAUUAUGUGUUGUCGUUGGAGGCCUCAGGGAUACCACCUGGCAGCGUUCUGGUCAAUCCACACACAGGCAAGCCUUUCAUUCAUCCAAGCGGCAGUGGCAUCGCUUAUAAUAUGGCCAGUGUGGCACCCCCUGCUGGUAGGGGCCCACAUCAAGGGAAGGCGGCGGCGGUGGCGGCACAUCAGCUAACCUCGGUUGCAAGCCAGCAGCAGCCACCUAAUCACCUUCACUCUCAGCCGUCCUCUGAACCUGUUCAUAACCCGACGGUCUCCUACAGUCUUCCUCCUCCUCAGUUCCUGCCCGUCUGUCCAAACCAACAGUACACUGUGCCUGACUCCCUCAACGCCCAAUUUAGUCAUAUGACCGUGGCGCAGCAGUCGUCCAGCAGUAGUGGCGCGCCAGCCGUUGAUGCCCGCCACUAUGCAGCUGUGUACCACCACCCCCACGCCCCGCUGGUACUGCAGGGAGCGCCCUCACAGCAGGUUGCCAACUACAUGGUCGCAGGACCCUCGGGGGGCCACCCAGGGAUGCUCCAAGGCCAGCAUGUCCCGCUUCCUGGCCUUAGCCACGCAUAUGCCAGCAGCAUGCCCGGUCAUGCUGCUUUCCCCGCAUCCAGUCUGAACCAGCAACACACCAGUGUGCUCCAGCAGCACACCUACUUUCACCAACCUGUUCAGCAGAUGCCCACAUGCUACUGCUCUUCCACCCACCACCCUCAGUGUUCCAACCAGCAACAGAACUACCGUCCGCCUGUAAACCAUCUGGCCUACAACGGCCCUCACAGCCAAAACCUGCCACCACAGCAAGUGCACCAGCCUGUGAUGUCGAGCCCUGUGUCCAGUUACCAGACCGUAGUGGGUGUGCAGCCAACACCCAACUUCACCAUCACUGCUGCCCAGCAAAGCAAUAUUGGCAGUCAGAUGCAAGGGAUGAUGGUGCAGUACUCCCCAGUGCAGUCGUAUCAGCAGGUGUCCGUGCCACAUCAGACGCACCAGCAGCCAAUGUUGGUGUCGUGCCAGCCAGGACAGGGCGCCGUGGCGGUCGCUGGCAUGCAGCCCUGCUACGGCCUCCUCCCUCCUCCAAACCAGCACACCACCAUGAGUUCCACUGUGAGUUUCCUCCCCUCUCCAAUGAUGGAGCAGCUCCAGUUUCCUCAGAACUCAUCCUCCAGUGUUGCCCAGCAGAACCAAGGCCAGCAGUACACAGGGUUGUUGCCCCCACCCCCCGGCAGCGGCAUGAUGAUGUUGCAAAUAGCAGCGCCCCCCUGCCAGCAGAAGCAGCCCAGCUACAAACACCUGGGCCUGGAGCACCAGCGCGGCCACCGACCGACGGAACGCCCGCCGCCUCCUGACAACACGCAGAGCAGCCUGUCCUCGUCCCCGACGCUCUCACCCUCGCCGGGCCAGUCGCCCAACGUCAAGGGCCUCCCAACGGGCAUCCCGUCCAUCCCCGUCAUGGCCCACCAGCACCACCCGCAGCUUCCUGCAGCCUUCUGCCACAGUGGACAAGGUGAAGCCCAUUACUCACUAUUAGGUCAGCCGCUGCAGUACAAACACGCCAUCAGACCUCCACUGGUCCACACGGCGCACCUGGUGACGAAACAUCAGGGUCCAAUGGGGGUUUGGCGUAGCGGUCACGGAAGGAAGGCUGGCAGAAGAUCUUUACCCGCAGACCACAGCGUAGGUGAAGCAGGUAAUACCAACACACCAGGUCGACUCCUACUUAUUAGCAUGUUGAAAAAUGCAGACGUCCCUCGUUUAUUAAUGGGUCCCGAACAUCCAUCCAUCCAUCUAUCUUCUUCCGCUUAUCCGAGGUCGGGUCGCGGGGGCAGCAGCCUAAGCAGGGAAGCCCAGACUUCCCUCUCCCCAGCCACUUCGUCCAGCUCCUCCCGGGGGAUCCCGAGGCGUUCCCAGGCCAGCCGGGAGACAUCGUCUUCCCAACGUGUCCUGGGUCUUCCCCGUGGCCUCCUACCGGUCGGACGUGCCCUAAACACCUCCCGAGGGAGGCGAUCGGGUGGCAUCCUGACCAGAUGCCCGAACCACCUCAUCUGGCUCCUCUCGAUGUGGAGGAGCAGCGGCUUUACUUUGAGCUCCCCCCGGAUGACAGAGCUUCUCACCCUAUCUCUAAGGGAGAGCCCUGCCACCCGGCGGAGGAAACUCAUUUCGGCCGCUUGUACCCGUGAUCUUGUCCUUUCGGUCAUAACCCAAAGCUCAUGACCAUAGGUGAGGAUGGGAACGUAGAUCGACCGGUAAAUUGAGAGCUUUGCCUUCCGGCUCAGCUCCUUCUUCACCACAACGGAUCGAUACAGCGUCCGCAUUACUGAAGACGCCGCACCGAUCCGCCUGUCGAUCUCACGAUCCACUCUUCCCUCACUCGUGAACAAGACUCUGAGGUACUUGAACUCCUCCACUUGACCGCGAUAAAAUAAUUUCAACAAAGUAAAAAAACGGUCACCCUUUAGUCACUGUUACUCUUUUGAUCCAAUGUAGUAAUGCUGCUUGGAGGAUGAGCCAAUCAGUGGCUAUGAUACUGCUAAGUGGGUUGGUCUCAUCUAUUGGCCAACACUACUACAGUAUUGAGAUUUUUAGUUCAUUUAGACAUUUUUAUGCUUGAAAAUGCUUAAUUUAGGAGCAAAAAAUUGUAGAAUAAUGCUGUGAAAUAAAACUCUUAAAAUAUCCCCAUAAAAACUGCAAUGUGUUGAAACCGCAAUAUUUCAAGCGGGACGUGGCUAGGGACGACUGUACAUUAAAGGUGUUUAAUCAAGCUAAUAACAGAAAAUAGAGCAACUCCAACACAAUCCCAGCUUUAAAAUACUUAAGAUAGACAUUUACCAAGCAAUUGAGAAGACAUAUAAAUACAAGACUAAAAGGAAGGAAACCCCAAAAUGAGCAAAGGCAACAGUAUCAGUAAUUACAAUAAUAAUAUUAUCAAUAAUAGUUGUUUGCUGUAUUUAAACUAAAAAUAAAUUCUUGAAAAAAAAGGCAAUUUUUCUUUUUUUUCUUUUGUACUUUUUUCAUUUAAAUGAUUAAUCAGUUUAGAAUUGGACUAAAUAUAAAUCGCGAUUUAGCUGUAAAUCAGUUUUUUGGAGCUACCCUAAUAAUAAUAGUAAUAAUAAUAAUAAUAAUAAUAAUAGUUUGUUUUAAUAAAAACAAUUGAUUCCUUAAAAAAUCUACAAAUAAAAUGGGAAAAAAAUUACUUAAAAAAAUAAUAAAAAUCAAUUCUCAAAUUAUGAAUUGUUUUAGAAUUAAAACAAAUUUGUUGAUUUGAAUCAAUUUUUUGGAGUACCUAUAAUAACAAUAAUAGUUGUCUAAUGUUUUUAAUCCAAAAACUGAUUUUUGAAAUAAAAUGUUUGUUUUAAAAAUUACUUUUUAAAAAAAACAUGAAUUCUCAAAACUUAUGAAUUGAUUUAAAAUUUAAACAAAUGAAAAUCGCGAUUUGGAUGUGAAUAAAUUUUUUGGAGCUACUCUAAUAAUAAUAAUAAUAA